AGUCAACCGCAUUUAUUCAUCCGAAGAAAAGCAGGAGCUCGACACGCCUCUCUUCUGCUAAAGCUAACUAGCAUGUCAUUUAAUCUCCCGUCUUUCUUCCUGCACCGAACCUUUGCCAGUGAUGGAGAUAGUUUGGGAGGAUCCUCCGAUCCCAGACAGUCCGUUUUUCACCAGAGAGGCUUACGACAAGUAUUCCCUGGCCCCGACGAUCCGAGAGUUGUGGGAGUCUUUGCAAAGCCCUGAAAAAAGUCCAAAUACGGAAAGCAAAGGUGAUGGUUUGUGCAAGAAAAAAAAAAAGAAGAAGAAGAAAAAGAAGAUGAAAGAUGUUCCUAAUACUGAUGGCACUUUGAACGAGGAGUCGUUGGUGGGAAGUCAUGACGGGGAUGAAGGUCCCUCUUCAGACACGGCUGCGGACGUGGCUGUGAAGGUCAAAGAAGAGGCGGCACUCUCUCCAUUUCCUGAACCCAGAGUACCUUAUCCCUGUUUUUCCAUCCUGACCUCCAAAGAUCAGAGGGCCUAUCUUCAGUUUUUGCUCAGCAACAAGAGCAAAAUUCCACCACAGAACCUAAUGGCUCGAGUGAACGACGAGGUCAUGCAGUUCACCAGGUAUCUGCAGGACGCGGCCAAAGUGUGUGCUGAAGACUACAACUUCAUAACACCAGGCGCGAUGAAGUACUCAGAGGAGUUCUUCAGCUGCUGUGCCGAGUUUGUAAAGACGCUGCCUCAGUUUUACCGGAUCAAUGAGAUGACCAGUUUGACCGGAGGAACCUUCAACCCUGCUCUGACUCUCUCCUUUGAAAAACAGUUGCUCAUCAUGGGCAAAGUGGAUAUUACAGACCACAAGAUGGUGCCUGCUGACGCGCCGCUUGCAUCGGAUUAUCCCAGUGUUUCAUCAGAGAAUCCUCCAGCUAAAAAAGCCAAAGACAUGCACGCUGCCAUCAGCAGCGACGGUAACGCCGAGAUGCUGUGCGCACGCUACGAGCCCCACGUUUGUCUCACUCGAGAUGCAAUGGUCACGCUUCUGGACAACCACAGCCCGGAGUUUGCGGAGAGAUGGGAGCUGCCUGUGGUGGUUAAAACAAACCCUCGAAAAGGCAGCCUUCAACAGAGGACGGUGUAUGUGGACUCACCUCUGCCCAAAACUGAGGUCACAGUGAGAGAGAGGAGCCGACUCUUCCAUGAAGAGAGUCUGAAGCUGUCAAUCAAGAGAAACGGGAGUCAGAACGUGUUCAGUGUGAUGACAGAACUGCCUCACGACGAGAAGCUGAAAGAGGAAAGUGGACAAAGAAAUGUGGUGUCCUUUGAAAGCGAUGCUCUUGACUUUGACGUUGACCUCACCGAUUUGGAGACAUUUGGGGACACAGCUUUUAAAACCCCGAAGUCACCGAAGAAGCUGAAGCAGCUGGAUGUUCAAGUUGUGACUCCAACAGCAACAUGUGUGGUUACAGCUGGAAAAUCAAGUCUUAUUGGUCGGAAGGCAUCACAUGACCCGACGAACAUCGAUCAGAACACGACGGGUGACAAGCCCGGGUCGCCUGUGAGUGACGCCGCUGAAGAGAAUCCAAAGCUGGGCCUGAACUCCGACCCUGAAAGCACCGACGAGCAGAUGAUCACUGGAGACUCAGAGGACGAGAGAUUGGUCAUCGAUGACUGUUUGUCUCCGUCUGUAGCUCCAGCUAAAGUCACAGCUGAGCCCAGCGUCUCUCCCUCUGUGAAGUCAUCAUCAUCUUCAUCAUCAUCAUCCACCCCACAUAAAGUGACGAAGCAGAUAAGGCAGCAGAAAAGAGCCAGAGUCUCUGGAGACCAGCUGAGUGAGAUCUUGCAGAUGCAGACAAACAUGUUCAGCUCUAAUGCCACAGAAAGCUCCGCGACGACGCAGGACGCCCCGUCGACCCCAAAACGUGUGGAGUCCACGUUCCACCCUGUGUCUCUGGUGAAGCCUUGUGUGACCUCGUAUCUGGAGAGAUCCAAGAGCGACAACUCUCCUGAGGUCUCCACAGUCCCGCUCACUCAGGGUGACCACAAGGAGCCAAAAAAAAUCCUGUCCCAGGAGCUGCAGGCUGGUGCUGAAGAUGAGCAGGAUUACAAGGCUCCUGAAGAAGGCAACCUGCUCUACAAGCUCUACAGUCUGGAGGACCUGCUGCUGAUGGUGCGCAGCUCUGUCUCGCUGACUCACACCAGAAGAGUGGCCAGCAGCAGCACCAACCAGCACGUUCCGGUGCAGGUCUUGCCUAAACUCGAGUACCAGUUGAGCUACGGCGUGGAGCGUCUGAGCCGGGGCGAGGCCUGCCAGCUGUGGGCUGAAGCCGCUCUGCAUUCCAGCACUGUUUCAUACAUAGCUCACAUCGACGCUCACACUUCCAGAGUGGCGCUGCUCAGGAAGCUGCCCGACGACUGGACGCAGAGCAUCACCUGCGGGUUCAAGGCGUCCAAGUCCUUGAACAUCCUGCACCACCUCCUGAAGAAGCUCACCCGGUUAGAAGAGGGAAGCUACCUGCUGGCACACAAGCCCGGGGAGCCCUUCGUGAGCAUUUUGAAGGCAGCUGAAGGUAAAGGUCGGGGGGAGUACAACCUGCUGCAGGUCCACAGCGGGCCGCCGCAGCCGUCCUCCCCCAGCUGCGUCCCCUGGAUACCUGUGGAUCCAGUCGUGGUGCUGCCCUUCCACCAAACGCACCAGCGGGUCCCGUGCACCUUCCCGCCACCGCCGAAGGUGGUGAAAGACGGUGCUGGGCCAUCGGUGAACCUCCAAGGACGGCAGCCUCAGAACAAGUUCAGCCUGGGAGGCAACAAGAACAAAAAGGGACGCGCUGCCAGGCGCAAAAACUACAUUAAAAGACUUGUUCAGAAGUCUGUUUGAUUUGGAAACAGGAUUCAGGAUAAAUAUCCACAGUAGGUUCUUUUUUUAUCAGGGUGUUUUGUUUGUAUAAAAAAAAUAAAAGUUGUUUUGUCGCUGUAUUUGUUGGUGGCAAAAGUUGGGAAUUCCCUAGGGGGAAAAAACUGCGGGGCAGA